ACUGUCACUUAUUACGCUGAAAAUACUGAGAGGGAAUGGUGGUGACAUUAGGAACCUUGAUUACCGGUCUGUUAAUUUUUAUUGUCUGUGUCCUCUUCCUAUUUCUCGUAUACGUGAAAUGGAAUUUCGGGAUUUUCAAGAGAAUGGGGGUCAAAGGGCCACCCCCUCAUAUUUUGUUUGGAAAUCACAUGACCAUCGCUAAAAAGGGAUUUGCGGAAGCCGACAUGAUGUGGUGGAGGGAAUAUGGAGAUGUAUUUGGAUACUUUAGCGGUAGAUCACCAAUGUUGGUUGUGGCAGAUACGGACAUAUUAAAAGAGAUUCUUGUCAAGCAAUUCCAAAACUUCACAGAUCGAGCGGUUCCACGGGGUUUCAGUGGUGACGUGGAAGAAAAUCUGACUGCCCAGCAGGGAAAAGCAUGGAAAAGUUCGCGAACAAUAUUAUCCCCUACUUUUACAUCUGGAAAACUCAGGAAGAUGGACUCGUUGAUAAAUGAAGCUGGCAAUGCACUUGUUCAACACAUUAAAAGAAAAAUCAAAGAGAACGAUGAAGUAGACUUCGUGAGGUUGUUCGGAUGUUAUACCAUUGACGUCAUUGCCUCCACUGCAUUUGGAAUCAAAAUUGAUUCACAAAGAGACCCCGAGGACAAAUUUGCGCGAAUGGUCUCACAACUUAUAAAUGUACCACUCAGCUCGCCUCUACUGUUUCUUGCUUUUAUAUUUCCCGAACUUUCGAGGCCAAUUGCUAAACUUUUCAAAGUUAGUUUCUUGAACAAGGAGGCAUCUGCGUUUUUCAAGAAAGAAAUCGAAAAAGAGUUUAACACAAGAGAUCCUAGUAAAAAGGAAUAUAUAGAUUUCAUCCAGUUGAUGAGGGACGCCCAUAAUGACAAUCCACAGGAAACGGACGAAAAAAGAGGAUUAACUACUUCUGAGAUCAUCGCUAACUGCCUGCUGUUCUUCUUUGCCGGUUAUGAGACCACCGCCGUCACGUUGUCUUUUUUUGCGUACAUGCUGGCUCUCCACCCAGAAGUUCAACAGCGGGUGUACGAAGAAAUCGUGUUAGAACUAGGUGAUGAAGAACCAGGCUAUGACAACAUCGGAAAGUUACAGUAUAUGGACAUGUGCAUCAAUGAAACGAUGAGAAUAUUCCCUGUAGUUCCAAGGACUGAUAGAACAUGUAUUCAGGAUACUGAAGUAAAUGGACUAAAGAUACCUAAAGGCAUGAAGAUUGCAAUACCGAUUUGGAUUUUACACCAUUCCGAUAAACUCUGGGAAGAUCCUGCAAAAUUCGACCCAGAAAGAUUUUCAGCGGAAAAUAAAGCCAAGAUGAAUCCAUAUCAGUUCAUGCCUUUCGGGUAUGGUCCCAGAAUAUGUAUCGGAAAAAGACUGGCUCUGACCGAGAUCAAAGUAGCCUUGACCAAAGUUCUCAGAGAGUUUGAAUUAACAACAUGCUCCAAAACGAAUAUACCACCUAAGUUGACAAACGAAGGCCUCGUUAAACCUGAAAAUAUGUGGCUGAAGGUGACCAUGAGAUGACAUGCUAAAUCAAAAGUUAAUGAUACAUACAUGCAGUGUAUCGAACAACCUUCAUAUGAUUAUUAAGUGCAAGAUCAGUGGUGUGUUUUGAUUAUUUUAAACAGUACGCUUUAGUAAGAUUUUCUUUCUUUCCAGCUGAAUAACACAAUGAAUAAAAUUUAGCAAUUCACAAAUUGUUCUUAUUUAAAGAGGAUCUGAUUUUUCAUUAUUCUUGACUCCUUCUCCUUUUGUAAUUAGAAAUUUAUCAUUGCAUUGAUUUUCAUAUAUUCCUAAGUAUACAUGUAGGAAUCGAAACUAAUUAGAUUUAAAAUCCUACUAAAGAAAUACAUAUUUACAGUAGUAUACAAAUAAGAUUGAGAAAUAUGUGUAUCUCUCUCUUGUAAGAGCUUUGUUCACAUUUAUUUUUAGUUGGUCACAAAUAUAUGUCUAUUCACUAGUGUAACUAAAAAUCCCAGAAAUACACACGUUUAGGGAGAGCUAGUCCUCGUAAAAACCCGAAGGGUUCGGUAAAUUUGCUUAUCGAGUACAUGUAGCUAUUGAUCUCAUAAAAAGCAUUUUUUGUAUACUAACUUUGGCUUUAAAUAUAAUAUUUCAAGAAAAUUAAUAAAGUAUUACAUAAAACAAUCAUAACUGGUAGUUUCUUCGAUCAAUAUGAAGCAGCUGU